AUGGCCACCCUUAUUGCUCCUGAGCAUGCUUCUCCUGUUGAAGAUGCUGAAGCUUUGAGAAAGGCUUUUCAAGGAUGGGGAACUGAUGAGAAAGCUGUGAUCUCAAUACUUGGUCAUAGAACUGCAACUCAGAGGCAGCUGAUCAGGCAUGCUUAUGAGGAGAUUUAUAAAGAAGAUCUUAUCAAGCGACUCGAGUCCGAGCUCUCUGGAGACUUUGAGAAAGCAGUGUACAGAUGGAUUCUGGACCCAACAGACCGAGAUGCUGUCUUGUUGAACGUCGCAAUUAAGCACUCACCAAUCCCUGACUAUCGUGUGAUAGUCGAAAUCUCAUGCAUCCGAUCACCUGAAGAGUUCUUGGCCGUGAAACGCGCCUACCAGAUUCGUUACAAACGCUCCAUUGAAGAAGAUCUGGCCUCCCAUACCAAAGGCGAUAUCCGAAAGCUUUUGUUUGCCUUGGUGAGCACAUUCAGGUAUGAUGGUAAUGAGAUUAAUGCGAGAUUGGCGAAUUCCGAGGCUGAUGUUCUUCGUAAUGCGAUCAAAGAGAGAGAAUUUAAUCAUGAAGAAAUCAUCCGAAUCGUGAGUACAAGGAGCAAGUUACAGCUUUUGGCAACUUUAAACCACUACAAAGAUGAUUAUGAGACUUCAAUCACCAAGCAUUUGGUGGAUGGGCCAGCGAACGAUUACUUAGUAGCAUUGCGUACAGCCAUUCGAUGCUUCAAUGAUCCACAGAAGUACUAUGAAAAGGUGAUUCGCAAUGCCCUUAACAAGCCAGGGACCGAUGAAGAUGCACUUACUCGGGUAAUCGUUACGACAGCUGAAAAAGACUUGGAGGUGAUUAAGGAGCUGUACUACAAGAGAAACACUGUGUCCCUUCAUAAAGCAGUUGGCAAGCACACUUCUGGGGAUUACAAGGCUUUUCUCCGGGCUUUGCUCGGGAAGGAGGAUUAGAUAGGCUUUUGCCUACCUGUUGAGUACUCUGGUUUUCGAAGAUUUGAGGGUGAUU